AUGUUAAAAUUAAUGGACAUUGGGCAGUGCAGUUACCCAGGUUCUUGUGCGCCUGACAAGCCAAAUUCUUGUGAUAUUCGCAAACGAGAGAAAUGCUUGCCUCAUGGUAAUUUCUUCACUUGCCAAUGCGACAGGAACGAGAGAAGGCACCCUGUUACCGGCAUCUGCUUGAAGAAUGAGUGCCUCACUGGAGAAAAUGAUUGUGACCGCUCGGCUCGCUGCAUUGACACUGAUGAUGGCUACUUGUGUGCUUGCCCUUCAGGAUUCAUUGACAGAUCUCCUGAUCCAGUGACCAAGCCAGGAAGAUUGUGUGUGGCUGAGCAGAAUGAAUGCCUUGAUGGAACUCAUAAAUGCUCACCCUUUGCUCUUUGCACGGACACCCAGUCUGGCUAUGUAUGUCGCUGUAAGCCAGGAUAUGUGGACUACUCGCCAAAUGCUCAGAGUUUCCCCGGCCUCGUUUGCAAGGAACUCGUCAACGAGUGCUCGUCUCCAAGUCUGAAUACUUGCGAUCGCAAUGCCAUCUGCAUUGACACAGUCGAAGCCUACACUUGCAUCUGCCGGUCCGGUUAUAUUGACAUGGACGAGUUCCGCAAUCCAGGACGUCGCUGUCAAAAGGUGAAACAAAAUGAUCGCUGCUCGGCUGGCAAGAAUGAUUGUGAUCGCAACGCUCGUUGCUCGCAGAUAGGCGAAGACGACUAUACUUGCACUUGCCCUCCAGGAUUCAAGGAUAAAUCUCCAUCGGCUUCACGACCAGGAAGAGUUUGCAUUCCAGUAAUUCCUGAAUGCGAUAAUCCAACUCUAAACGAUUGCGAUUCGCCUGAUAGAGCCAUCUGUACCGAUACUGAUGACGGAUAUAUGUGCAGAUGUCGUCAAGGCUUCCUCGACAUUUCUCCAAACAUCGCCAGCAAGCCAGGAAGACUUUGCAAGCCUCUACAAAACGAAUGUGCUCUGGGCACUGACGAUUGCGCACGUGAUGGAGGUAUAUGCGAAGAUACGCCGGAUUCCUACCUUUGCCGAUGUGCCAUGAAUUAUCUGGAUGUCUCGUUUGACAGACAAAAUCGGCCUGGCCGAAAGUGCAAACGAUUGGUUGACGAAUGCGCCACCGGCCAGAAUGACUGUUCUCGUGAAGCGAUUUGUACUGACACCGAGGACAGUUAUGUCUGCGCGUGUCCUGCCACGCAUAUCGACCUUUCGGCUGAUCCGGUGAAUCGACCUGGUAGAAAAUGCUUGUUGAGAAUCAAUGAAUGCACUUCUGGACGUCAUGAUUGUUCACCAAAUGCUGAUUGUAUGGAUACGCCUGAAUCGUACAAAUGCCGUUGUCGUGACGAUUUUGUGGACGAGUCUCCUGAUAUCGCACAUCGUCCAGGAAGAAUCUGCCGACCAGCAUUGGUUGAUGAAUGCCGUUUGGGCAAACACGACUGCCAUAGCGAUGCAGUUUGUCAGGAUCUUCCCCAGGGCUACACCUGUAGAUGCAAACCAGAAUUCCUCGACCAGUCACCGCAUCGUGCCACUCACCCUGGACGACUUUGCGUUCCACGACCAACACCUCCUCCACCCGAAUGCCGAAUUGAUGGUCCCAAUCAGUGUAAACCUCACUUGAACGAAGUCUGCCGUCUUGUUGGAGGCGAACCGAAGUGUGCUUGCCCAAUUAACUACCAAAGGGAUUCUACUGGCUCGUGCUCAGUAAUCAACGAAUGCGAGUUCCCUCAACUCGUUGACUGCCAUCCGUCAGCCGAAUGUGUCGACCAACUUGUGGGAUACACAUGCCGCUGCAGGCCUGGCUUUAAGGAUAUUGGAGACAAGCCUGGAAGGAUGUGCAAGCCACUAGUCAACGAAUGUCAGUUCCCACAUUUGAACGAUUGCCAUCAAAAUGCGCAAUGCAUUGACCAAGAAGAGGGCUACGAGUGCAGAUGCAAUCAAGGCUUUAUGGAUCGCUCUCGAGGUCGACCGGGUCGUAUCUGUAAGCAACUCAUUGACGAGUGCGCUAAUCAGGGAAUGAAUAGCUGUGACAGAAACGCAAAAUGCAUAGACGAAGAGGAAGGAUAUCGCUGUGAAUGUCGCGAAGGAUAUUUGGACGUUUCGCCAUCGGUACAACUCAAAGGAAGAAGCUGUCGCAAAUUGAUCAACGAGUGCCAAGACCCCAAACUGAAUGACUGCGAUAGAAAUGCAAAAUGUCGUGACACCAUGGAUUCCUAUGAGUGCGAAUGUCCUCCCAAUUCCAAGGAUAUCUCUCCGAGUGCUGCAUUCCCAGGACGAGUUUGUUUGAUGUUCGAAAAUGAAUGCCUAACUGGAAAGCACGAUUGUGACCCGUCGGCAAUUUGUCACGAUAACGAACAGUCGUUCUCGUGCGAGUGUCCAGCCGGCUUCAUUGACCGAUCGCCCAAUAAACUUCAUCGUCCCGGACGAGUUUGCGUCAAACUUGUUGAUGAAUGUGCCACUGGUCGUCACACUUGCAGUGAACAAGCGGAUUGUCGCGAUCUAGAGGAAGGCUAUACUUGCGAAUGUCGUGAAGGUUAUGUGGACCGCUCGCCGAACCUUGCUAGUCAGCCUGGACGAGUUUGCAGUGCUCCUGAAGUCUGCCCUUCGAAUCACGAAUGUAGCUCAGCUGCUGUGUGUGAACCACUAGGAGGCAAUAAGUACCAGUGCUCUUGUAUCCAAGGCUAUGUUGAUCAGUCUCCUAAUGGGCAGAAAGGACGAGUUUGCGUGAGAAACAACGCUUGCCGAGAUCCAAAGCUCAAUACAUGUUCGAGAAAUGCCAUUUGUUAUGACGAAGCUCGUGGAUACCGCUGCGAAUGUGCUCGUGGAUUCAUAGAUCGUUCACCAGAUCCAGCCCAACGAGGACGAGUUUGCGAGCCUCCGCCACCGCCGACACCGCCGCCUAAACAUCCCUGCCAAGACCCAACUCUCAAUGACUGCCAUCCAGCUGGCACUUGCCGAGCUACUGGGGCUCAAUCGUACACUUGCGAAUGUCUUCAGGGCUAUGCCGACAAGUCACCUGAUCCUAGCAAACCAGGAAGAAUUUGCGUGCUGACAGAGCCAGUCUGCUUAGAUAGAACCCAAAAUGACUGUCACUCUGCUGCCAUCUGUAGCGAAGUUUCUGGCCCCGAGAAAUACACUUGCCAAUGUCGUGACGGCUAUAUCGACCAAUCUCCUAACAAAAACACUCGACCUGGUAGGAUAUGCGUAGAGAUGGUGAAUGAAUGCCUGGAUCGUUCCUUGAACGACUGCCAUGCUCUGGCCAUUUGUGAGGAUAAGAGAGAAGGCUAUACUUGCCGCUGUCCGAUUAAUACCAUGGACAAAUCUCCAGAUAGCAAUCGCCCAGGACGUCUUUGUGUCAAACAAAUCAAUGAAUGUCGAAAUCCUUCACUAAAUAUGUGCUCGAGAUUUGCUGAAUGCAUUGACAAAGAGAAUGGCUAUGAAUGCAGGUGUAAGCAGGGCUAUCACGACAAUGAUCCCAGUCAUCCUGGAACACAGUGCACCUACAUCAUCAACGAAUGCGAUUCACCUAACCUCAACGACUGUGACCGCAAUGCGAUUUGCAUAGAUAAAGAGGGUGGUUACGAUUGCAAGUGUAAGCCUCCAUACAAGGAUGAAAGCCCAUCAGGUCAUCCCGGACGAGUUUGCCGCCUCAAUGAAUGCUUGGACACUAAUCUGAACAAUUGCGAUAAGAAUGCUGAAUGUCAAGACAUGGAUGAUGGCUACAUUUGCAGUUGUCGCGAAGGUUUCUAUGACCAAUCACCAAAUCCACAAGAGCCCGGACGAGUUUGCUUGGAGUUCCAGGUUGACCAGAAAAUCGAAAAAGUCACCGAUACCCCCGUACAAUCUCACCCACUCAAUGAAGGUUUACCCUGUGGUAGAGAUUACUGUAAGAUACCGUUGGGAGAAGUGUGCAUUAGCGGUUCUUACUGUGGAUGUCGUCCAAGCGAAAGUAGAUCCAUGGGUACUGGAAGAUGCGAACGAGUCGAAGAAACUCCACUGCAGAUCCGUGUUGUCAGCAGAGAUUCUCGUCCGCUGCUAUAUUCUAGCGAAUAUGGAUCAACGAAGAGUCCUCCGUAUGUGGAGAUCGUUGACUUGUUCCAGAAAGAUAUGGGUCGUGCCUUUGGAGGUACGGUUUAUGCUCCGCGUUAUGUGAACACAAAAGUGGAAUACAUCACUCAUCCGAAAACGGUCAACAGCUCCUGGCCAGAUGGUCUCCUCUUCAAGUAUGAUGUGCAGACUACCCCAUCCAAGCAACAACCAAUAGAUCGAUGUGAAGUCUGGAAGCAGAUGAUGUCUUCCUUCCAGCGCACUAAUGCUCUCAUUGGUGGAGGAACUUUGCGAAUUGCCGACGACAGUGAACAGUUGAAUCCAUGCCGUCCUCAAGAACCUAUAGGAGAAUGUGGAGGGAAAGAUUGUAAAGAGGAACUGGGCGAGAUUUGUCUUGCCGGAUCAGUCUGUGGUUGUCCAGUUGGUAUGCGACGAGCAUCUAACAAAGAUGUUUGUCGAGCAGUGGAAUCAUGGAACGUACCUCUUUGGGUUAUCCGAAAAGAUUACAAGAAUCUUGUCUUCAAUGAGUCUUUCGCUAACCCGAUGGAUACCGUGUACAGGUCAUACGUUCACGAUUAUGAAGAUGGAAUUGGUAAAUGCUAUCCUCAUACUACUCUCAAAAAUGCAUUCGUAGCCGCAGAUGUAAACGAAAUCAUCAAUCCUAGGAUGAUGAACGCUAGCUGGGAAAGUGGCCUACUGUUCAAUACCACUGUUCACUUCCGUAAAGGAGCUGUAAGAAUCCCAUCUGAUGUCUAUUACGAGCUAAUUCGCUAUAUCAUUGAUAAAAAUGGCUACGAAGUUGGUGACAGUGGACUGUACCUCAACGAGUACCAGCCGAACCCUUAUAAGCCAUGCUUCAAGAAUGAUUGUCACCCGAAAGGUAUCUGUAUCGAUGUGAAUAAUCGCUCGUAUCGAUGCGAAUGUGGAGCAGGAUUCCGUGAACUCGAUCCAUCGGAUCCUGGAAAGAAAUGCAUACCAACAUAUGGUUUUAAUGAAUGCGAAAGGAAGGAGGAUAAUGAGUGCUCUGAGAAUGCACGUUGCAUUGAUCUUGAACAUUUGUACAAAUGCGAAUGUCUUCCAUCAUAUUCGGAUGCUUCUCCACCUGGAGCCGUCCCUGGCUCGGUCUGUGUGCUGGAUUACUGUAGUGAUGUGAACUUUUGCCCAACAAAUACCACUUGUAAGAAUAUGGAACAACAAGCAGAAUGUCGAUGUGAUCCUGGUUUCACUGAUAUCAGAAAAAGUGAUCGACGUAAUGCGCUUGGACUUGGCGACGAUACGUUCUGUAUGCAUGUGAGAGAUGUCAACGAAUGUGCACUCGGGCUGACGAAUUGCUCCGGGGUGGCCGAAUGCAUCGACAGACCAAUUGGAUAUACAUGCAAGUGUCCCGACGGCUACAUCGAUGGAAACCCAGAUGAGCCUGGACGAGUUUGCGGAGCCCUGCUGUGCGAUCUUUGCAACUCACACGGCGAUUGUGUCCAUAAUGCGCGAACAAACAAUAUUACCUGCGUUUGCACUGAAGGAUGGAGUGGGGAAUUCUGUCAGGUUGCCCCCUCAAAUGCCUCUUUGGUACUGCUCAUCCUGCUCGCUCUGCUCUUCCUUCUGCUCACUCUUUGUUGUUUGCUCUAUUUCUGCACGAAAUGUCAUUGCUUCAAGGGAAGGGGUGUAGCCGGAGGAGCUCCGUUUGUCUAUAGGCGAGGCGGUGCAUGGCCAUGGUCUACCCUAGAAGGAUCUUCAUCCUCGGAAAGUGGUGCCGAAUUUUCAGCUCUCAGCGCAGCUGGUCAUGAAUACUAUCCUGAAAUAGGAAUACCAAGAGCAAAACUGAAGGCUGGUGCAGGUGCUCUGGAUACGACCGCAAAAAGCAUGGAUGUUGCAAGAUUAGACCAGUAUCUCUCCGAAGGAGCUGUUCGCAUACCUCGAGCUCAUCUGGUGGGAAGUGCAGCACGUCUAAAUGAUUCGUCGGAUAGUAUGUCAAGCGCUUCAUCGGAAUAUACUAUCAAGGAAGAAGUUGAGCGAAAGGUCAUUACUGAUGUCACAACAAAAGAAAUAAAGACGACUACCACAACGGAUAGCUCUGGCAACAUACUCACUACGAGAGCUGAAUCAUACGUGUAUCCUUCCGAGCAUACCGUUUCCCAUGGAGAAAACGCAAGCGCGGCUGCACAUUCAUCUUCCUAUGCGGCUGAAUCGUCUUAUGCGGCGAGAAAUGAGUCCGCCUACGCUGCAAGAAACUCUGAAUAUUCGAAUGCUGCUUCUUUGAAUGAGCGAAGCUUCCACCAUUCUGGAGCUGAAGAACGUGAACGAGGAGAAAGUGUUGCCGAAUUUUCUAUUGGACGAGUAAAGUCAAAAGAUUAUGCCGCUCGGGACCGUGAGCUCGUUGAGUACUCAUCGGAACGUGAUGUAGCUCAAUCAGAUUUAGAAGAGCACGAAACAGGCGAUGUUCGUACUCGCGUCACUCACUCGCACCACUAUGAGCCGAUUAGAAACGGCGAAUCCGAACGACUUCGAACUGAGUCAUGGCAAUAUCCCGUUUUCCAGGUCGUAACCACUCAAUCUUCUACAACCGUCAGCAAGCACUGA